AUGAUUGCCGGUCGUCCACUGCUGUUCCUAUCGCUGCCGAGUCUUGCACUAAUUGUGGGACUGGUUUGGUACCGCCGCAAAUUUAAGCCGGACGCAGGUGAUCGAGGUGGAGAAAAAAGCAAAAAAUGUGAAAGUGCGAUCAUGCCAUCGCGCGGUGUCUCUGCAGCAGAGCUCGAGCCGGACAUGCGACAGAGUUCCUCGCUACCAAUACAACAGUCGGCCAACAGUGGCAAUGGAGUGGAAAACUGGGAAAAUUGUUCGGGUUCGGGUCAUUCGUCGGCCAGUUCGUCACGUUCAGCCCCGAUAGACAUCGUGCCGAACAAGAGUCCCUCCAAGGGCGACGAUACAAACGACCUGUUGGGCCGUACGCACCUACUCGAACAUGAUAAUGAGGAGUUUAGCUUCAGCCCAUCGAUUGACUUACCUGGCUCGGUUGUUUCACGCUAUCCGACCAACCUGAGAAAAUUCAACCAAAUGAUGGAACCGACGAAGGAACCGAUCGUGAUACGCCCGACCAAGGUGGCGUCACUGCAGAGUGGACACUUUCGAGUGUCGGAUGAAAAUGGUAACCAAUCCAGUCCGGACGCUUCCCCAUCCCAGAAACAUACGCCACAGCAGCAAACACAAAACAAUGAGAGUGACCGGGUGAACGGUAACAGUGUGACGGUGGGUGACGAUACGACCAAUGGUGAUGAUACCUUUGACCGUAAAACGGAACCGUUUGAUGAACGCAAUGAACAAACCGGUAGCCCUCCGCUUAGCAUUUGUAGCGUGCGUUCCGAGGACUCGGGUAAGGGUUCCAGCCCGCCGCAUUCGGUCGGACCGUCGGCGUCGAUGUACGAGUUCCUUGUGCCCGCUUUCCUCGUAGCCGGUAUGCUUGGCAAGGAUGGAACGUUUGUAAAACACGUCAAAAAGAAGACCGGUGCCAAUGUAAUAAUCAAACGAAAUCCGGGCACACACGAUAGCAAAAUUUGCACGCUGGACGGUACGCAGCAGGAAAUUAAGAACGCGUUGGCUGUAAUCCGGGAGAAGUUCCCGUUGAAACGGUUUCCAACUCUUACACUGCAGCGCAUUGAAAUUAGCCGCGUCGAAACGGUCAUACCAAUAUCGUUGAUGAAUGACACGUGUUCAAGCCUGCCGCUGGUCGAGGGUAUCAACAAUGACGUCGCCAUUAGCUGUAUCAUAAACGUGGGCCAUCUGUUCGUACAUCAACCGCUGCAUCCAACCCACCUGACGCUUAACAGUAUGCAGCACUCUCUUAAUCAAAGCUACACGCUCAACAAGGCUCCCGCAUUGCCAGAGAUCAUUCCGAACGCGGUCUGUGUCGCGUUCGUCGCCGACAACUGGUACCGGGCGCAGGUCGUACAACACAUCCCGGAAAGCAAUUUGGUGUUAGUGAAAUACUUGGACUACGGUGGUUUGUCGAUGUUGCCCCCACAAAACCUACGUCAAAUCCGAACAGAUUUCAUCUCCGUACCGUUUCAAUCGAUAGAAUGUGUGCUGUCAAACAUUGAACCGAUUGAUGAGAGCUGGUCCGUGGAAGCUACCGAACUGUUCCGUAGGUUAACAAACAGUGCUAUUAUGCAGGCACAAGUAGCGGGCUAUACUGAGGAGGGUAUUCCCGAAAUUUACCUAUUUUCUUCAAUAGCAAAAGAUAAUGUAAUUUUCAUAAAUCAAGAAAUGGUUGCUCGCGGCUAUGCCAGAUGGAUUGACUGA